UGUUUUCUGUUUCUCACUGUUCAUGUGUGACAAAGUUCAGAUGAUUGAAGUUUGCGCUGAAUCAACAACAUCAAUGGACUUUAGACUGCGCGUGAAAUAAGAGCCGAAUUACUCUUAACACUACUGUGCUUAUAACAGCUAAAAUGGGCAUAUUAUACAGAGGCCUGAAUGCGUUUUCGAGAUAUGUGUUGUGCAAAUCCAGACAGUUUUCAGUCAAGUUAACUUGAUUAUAAAGAGCAUGUCAAUGUAAAGAGCUGGCAUUCAGUGAACUCAGUCGUGUCGUCUUUUCAUUUCGCAAGCUGCUUAAUCACCAAUAAUGUCACUUUUGGAGUCUGAUGAAAACACUCCGCUUCUCAGAGGCGAUAUUAUAAGUGAUGGGGAUGCAGACAGAAGCCGCUGGAGUUCCAUCAGGGUCAUGUAUUUCACCAUGUUCCUUAGCAGUGUUGGUUUUACGAUUGUCAUCACCUCCAUAUGGCCAUAUCUGAAGAAUAUUGAUGAAAGUGCAGAUGCCAGUUUCUUGGGAUGGGUGGUUGCUGCAUAUAGUUUGGGUCAGAUGGUGGCCUCACCCCUCUUUGGAUUGUGGUCCAAUCACAGGCCUCGGCGAGAGCCUCUAGUCUGCUCUAUAUUCAUCAAUGUCUCAGCUAACAUUUACUACACCUAUGUCUACCUACCUCCCUCAUACAACAAAAUUCACAUGCUUUUGGCUCGUACAUUUGUGGGCAUUGGAGCAGGUAAACUUAUAUACACUCUCGGAUCAUUGACAUUAAAAGAUGUUGACUGUAUUAAUUUCUCAGCUCUGCAGGCUGCUUUGUCAUUCUUUGGAGAGACUGGCGUCAGUGUGAAUGCCAUCCAGCUUCGGGUUAAUAUGUACACCGCUCCAGCUCUGUUGGCAGCCUGCUUCGGGGUCAUUAACAUUCUGCUGGUUAUAUUAGUCUUGAGGGAGCACUUUGUGGAUGACCAUGGACAGCUUAUCCGUGCAAUUAACUACACCCCAGAAGAGCGAGUGGAUGUGGCUCCUGAGGUAGAGGGUGAUAUCGACCAGAUCGCAGUGUUCACAUCUAAUGUCCUUUUCUUUGUUAUUCUCUUCAUUUUUGCGGUGUUUGAAACUAUAUCUACUCCUCUAUCAAUGGACAUGUUUGCGUGGACGAGAAAAGAAGCCGUUUUUUACAACGGUAUCAUAUUGGCUGCCAUUGGCUUUGAGUCCAUCCUCGUCUUCCUGGUGGUAAAAGUGGUCUCAGCACGGAUAGGAGAUCGGCCACUGCUGCUUGGAGGCUUGAUUCUCAUAUUUGCAGGUUUCUUUAUCUUGUUGCCAUGGGGAAAUCAAUAUCCUAAAAUACAGUGGGCAGACAUUCAGAAUAACACUAUGCCAACAAUACGACUGGCACCCACCCCACCCUCAAACACUUCUCUGGAGCCCACUGGAUGCCCGUCUGAACAGACCUGGUGCUUGUUUACCCCUGUAAUUCAUCUCGCACAGUACAUUACCUCUGACAUCCUGAUUGGAGUGGGUUAUCCAACAUGCAACGUAAUGUCCUACACUUUAUACUCCAAGAUACUGGGCCCCAAACCACAGGGGGUUUACAUGGGCUGGCUGACAGCAUCAGGAAGUGGUGCGCGGACCCUCGGGCCUGUGUUCGUCUCUCACGUCUACACCAUCCUGGGACCCCGAUGGACCUUCAGUGUCAUAUGUGGCAUAGUACUAGCUGCAGUCGUUCUCCUCAGUGCUAUGUACAAACGACUCAUCGCCUUCUCUGUACGCCAUGGAAGGAUAGAUGACUGACAGGUGCCUCCACCAACUACAUAAGGACAGUUCAGAGAAAUGGGCCUGACUUAAAGAUGGAAAACAUUAUGUAUGUUAAUUUAUAGACAAUUGUAUAAAUUGUUUAGCCAUUUUGUGUAGCAAAAAUAAUGAUUCUGAAGAGCCUUAAGGAGUUGUAAAUGUAAAUAUCUAAUAACUUUAGAAUUUCUGAACGUUGAACUACAAUUUCCCUUGUUAACUAAACUGUGAAUUUAACCACUAUUGGAGCAGCAUUACAUGGCUCGACACCAUAUAAAAGCGAACAGCGGCAGACUCUAAAAAGACCCAUGUGAAGUAUUAAAAAUUAUUGGCAGCUUAAUGGGUUAUGAAGCAUCGCAGAUUAUGAGGCAUAAGUACUGUGCGGUUGUUUAACACUUUAUGGAUUAUGAUUGAUUCGUUUUAAUAUUCUAUUUUUAAUAACUUGAAUUUCUGGUGUUGUAAAACCUUAACAAAUGUGUCAGGUGAUUUAUGUAAAUCUGCAUUGAUGGGACAGGCUUGAAGCCACUGUUGGCGUUUCUUUCUUUUUAAUAACACUAAGCUUAAAACUUAAACUAGGUGCUGAGCAUCACUUGAUUUUGGCUGAAUCCAUAAUUACUGGUGAUUAUCAACCAAAAGACUAUUUUAAAUUCAAGCCAAAUACUUGGUUUGUUUGUGUUACAGCUCAUAGAUUAUAAAUCACAAUAUUUUUUGAAAACU